AUGUGCACAUCCCGCUCUUUCGAGUCUAACCGCUCGAUCAGAAGUGAAGUUCGAAGAAACGCGGCGAGUUUGUGCGAAAUUGCGAAUUUCGAUCGUCGCGUCCUGUCGUCCCUGAAAAUUCACGGACAGGACGUACGGCGGAACCCGGCAAAUGUGGCUCUGUGCACGGUGAGCCAGGGUUACGGGGGCCGUGCGGUCCGCGGGGCCCGUGCUGGUGGUGGUGCUGGUGCUGGUGGCGGCGGUGGUGGUGGGAGUGGGGGUGGUGGCGGUGGGGGUGGAGGUGGUAGAUUACGCGGCGACGCGAGCGCGCGGUUGCCCUUGAGCCCCCGCAAUUUAUGCGCCAGCGGGGCGGGCGCGCGCGGGGGGGCGCACGGCGCGACCGUGGCUACCAGCGGUAUCGGGGGCACGGAGGAGGCCGCCGGUUCCGGGCUACCGGACGAGCCGAUGGUGCACGUGGAGCGUUCGGCGCACCAGGGUACAUGGAUAUGUUGCGUGCCCUGUUACUGGCUACGGAGGAGCAAAGCCGUGCACAAGGCGCUGCUCACCUUCGCUAUGAUGCUGGUCACCAGCCUGCUGGUCACCAGCCCGGUGCUCUUCCUUAUCACGACCUUGCCAGAAGGGGAGCAGCCGCGCAAAUGUGCGCCAUUGGAUGAAGCUUGCGUCAGAGAGCGAGAUGGACCCGAGGGUGUUUGCGACACGGACGUUUGCGUGGAAGCCUCGAAGAGAAUCCUAACAUCUAUGAAACGUGGCGUCGAUCCUUGCAAGGACUUUUACAAGUUCGCUUGCGGUGGCUUCCGCGAUCAGCAGCCCUAUCAGCCGAGCGCGAGCUUCAAUAUACUCCAGGCGCAAAUCGACGAGCGUAUACACAGUGAGCGUUUCGCACAGUUCUCG